AUGUUAUCCAAUAACUAUAAUAAUUAUAAUGUCUCGAACGUGGCCAAGAAACUUAGACAUAAUGCUAGUGAGUGCGAUCGUCGGAAGAUCAACUCUCUCUACUCGUCUCUCCGCUCCCUUCUUCCCUCCACCGACCAUAUGAAGAAAUUGAGCAACCCGGCGACGAUCUCGAGGAUAUUGAGCUACAUACCGGAGCUACAGCAGCAGGUGGAGGGGCUGAUGAAGAAGAAAGAAGAACUCAUGACAGCCAUAGUUGGACAGGAAGUUCAUAGUGACGAGGAGAAAAGGAAGAAAUGUGCAGCUACAAGCUCCUCCUCAAUCAUUUCAGCAAGUCGACUCGGUCGUCGGGAAAUGGCGGUUCAGAUAUGCACCGAUAUCGACGGCGGCCACCGGAAUUCCUUGUCGGAGCUUUUGGUUUGCUUGGAGGAAGAUGGUCUUCUUCCUUGGAAUGCUUCUUCUUUUGAGUCUUUUGAUGGGAAGGAUUCCAUAAUUUGGUAA